GCUGCCACCGCUACGGAACUUAGCGCGCGGCUAGCGGCUCAGUAGCAUCGCAAACAGAGUGUGUGCAGGCUGCUCGCUGUGAAUGCGCUGGCUCCGUUAUCCAGCGGCUCUGUGUUUAUGGGGUGUAUCCGCGGAUUUACAGCCUCGCUCGUCGCCCGGGUUCCGGCGCCAGGCUUUGUUCACGGUAGCCACUAGCUAAGUUGUGACAGGAGCAGCAGAGGAGUGUCUGGCUGUCGAUGCUAACGGCUAGCAGAGGAGCUAGCUCGUUAGCUCUCCGUUCUGUGAAACACUUUUGGUUUUGAAUGUCGAUGUUUUUCAGCUGGUGUCAACCCAUGCGAGCCUUGGAUGAAAGCUGGACCUGAACCUCAGGCUGUUGGUGGUGAUCAGAGGUUUUCUCAUUGUGUCACCUGACCCGUCCUCAUCCAUGUAACCAGCCGCACGUUACUGCUGCUCACACACAGAUCUCUGGCUUGGCCACAGAAUGAUCCUCCACGCUGACCCCACCCAGGCCACAGGGACGAGACUCCCCCAAAACCAGGCUCUUCAAAUGAUAUGAUAGUGGCCGCCUGGAUCACUUUCUGUGCCUGCAGGAGCCUCGCUCGGGUUCUGCUCUUCCUCUCCUCCUCAAACUCCCAUUCUCCAUUCAGGGAGACCCUAGCCAGUGUGGUCUCCGGCACCGGAACCAUGGGGAACAGCUGCGUGUGCCGAGAGGACAGUGACUUGGAGGACCACCAUCACGGGUCGACCAGGGCGACCCGGGGUCAAGCUCGGCGAGUAGAUCACAGCACGGGUGUGGGCGUCGACGCGGGAGAGGCCCGGAGCAGCCGGCCCCGGGACCCUGUCCGGCCGCCGCGGCGAGGUCGAGGGCCACACGAACCUAGACGGAAGAAGCAGAACGUGGACGGCUUGGUGCUCGACACGCUGGCAGUCAUCAGGACACUUGUAGACAAUGACCAAGAGCCUCCGUACUCCAUGAUCACACUGCACGAGAUGGCAGAGACAGACGACGGCUGGCUGGAGGUCGUCCAGUCUCUGAUUCGAGUGAUCCCGCUGGAUGAUCCACUCGGCCCUGCGGUGAUCACCCUUCUGCUGGACGAGUGCCCUCUCCCCACCAAGGAUGCCCUUCAGAAGCUCUCCGACAUGUUGAAUCUGAGUUCGGCGGUUGCGAAACAGGACGCUUUGAACCCGGCGAAACACAGAAACACUACGGCUGUCCUGGGAUGCCUGGCGGAGAAACUGGCUGGACCAGCCAGUAUUGGGUUGUUGAGCCCUGGAACCCUGGAGUACCUUCUGGAGAGCCUGAGCUCCGAGGCCCACCCUACUGUCAUGCUGUUUGCUCUCAUUGCUCUGGAGAAAUUCUCCCAAACCAGUGAGAACAAGCUCACCGUAUCAGAGUCGUCUAUCAGCAAUCGACUCGCUGUCCUGGAGUCGUGGGCGGAGCAUCCGGAUUACCUGAAUCGGCAGGUUGGAUUCUGUUCCCAGUGGAGCCUUGACAACCUGUUCCUAAAGGAAGGCCGCCAGUUCACGUAUGAAAAGGUCAACCUCACCAAUAUCAACGCCAUGCUCAACAGCAACGACGUCAGCGAGUACCUCAAGAUCUCUCCAAGUGGUCUGGAGGCGCGCUGCGACGCCUCGUCCUUCGAGAGCGUGCGCUGUACCUUCUGUGUGGAUUCCGGUGUUUGGUACUACGAGGUGACUGUCGUUACGUCCGGAGUGAUGCAGAUCGGAUGGGCCACCAAGGACAGCAAGUUCCUAAACCACGAAGGUUAUGGGAUAGGAGACGACGAAUACUCGUGUGCGUACGAUGGCUGCAGGCAGCUCAUCUGGUACAACGCUCGCAGUAAACCUCACUCUCACCCCUGCUGGAAGGAGGGAGAUGCCAUCGGCUUCCUGUUGGAUCUCAGCAAGAAGCAGAUGAUCUUUUAUCUAAACGGACAUCAGCUGCCCCCAGAGAAACAGGUCUUCUCAUCAGCAACGUCCGGUUUCUUCGCGGCAGCCAGCUUCAUGUCGUACCAGCAGUGUGAGUUUAACUUCGGGGCCAAGCCUUUUCGCCACCCUCCCUCUGUCAAGUUCAGCACCUUUAAUGACUUUGCUUCUCUGCUACCCAGUGAAAAGAUCAUCCUACCAAGACACCGGCGUCUGGCCUUACUGAAGCAGGUGAGCAUCCGAGACAACUGCUGCACGCUGUGCUGCGACGUCAUGGCCGACACGGAGCUGCGGCCCUGCGGACACGGUGGUAUGUGUAUGGAGUGUGCCUUACAGUUAGAGACGUGCCCGCUGUGCCGCCAGGACAUCCAGACCCGCGUCAGACUCAUUGCUCAUGUCUCCUGACACACUUCCCGCCCUCCCUCCAGCAAAGAGAGAGACACGAGCCCCACACCCUCCCGCUCCUCCUCCUCCUCCAUCAUCUCGCUCUCACCCGUCAGGGCCGUGAGGACGGCGCCGCAGCAUCGUGACGGCGGCAGAACUGCGGGUUCUGGUGGGAGGAGGUAGCGACGGAGGUGAGGAGAUGGAACCACAGCUGGACCCCCCCCCCCCCACACCCUCCCCCCACCGUCUCACCUCUUUUGUACCCUUCUGACAACUCCCUGCAGAAACUGGGCCAAGAAUCGUCUACUUUCUACUCGGUGUGUUUUUUUUUUUUGUUGUUGUUUUUUUGUGAGGAGCGGUGACCUUUUAACCAGAUUAGGAGACUAAACCAACUUCUCGUCUGCGAGCCCCCUUUGCGUCAUAACGCCAUCCAGACCGGAGGAUCCCGCUGCGGCUGCAGCGAUUUCAUCAGUGUCACGCACACGUCUGCAGGUCUCUCAGGGCCUGGAGAGCAGUAUUAAACCCAAGGUACAAAGAAACUGGAGACGGAUCUUCACCUCCUGGUUUUUCUGGCUGUAGGUAAACGAGUUGUCGUCUUCUCCAGGUAGCAUUUUCAUUGUCUCGUGCGACGCCCACACUGGUGGCAGCUUUACUGUCUGUGCUUCUCCAUCGCCCACAAGCCAGGUUUGUCACGUAAAGGAUUGCGUUGUGGGCGAAUGAUGGGAUUUAAUCGCUUUCUGUGUCAGAAAACCGUGAUAUUACAAGUUGAUUUCUUGAGUUCUGUUUUCAAAUCUAGUUUACAAAAAUGUUUCCAAAAUCAGCCAUCGCUCAGAAAGAAGAAGAAGAAAAAAAAUCAUGUAAAGAACCGAUGAACGACACACUUCAGUCUGGUAGAAGUCGCUGAUUUUCAGUCUGGCUGACCCCGCUGCUUCUUGUGCUCUUGUCUUUUUGCUCAGAUGUUUUCUCUGACUCAGUCAUGUUUGAAGCAGAAACACACACACACACACACAGGGAUCGAUUUCCCAGUUACAGAUGUGCAUUUUGGAGCACAUUUGUAAAUGAUCUCCCCUUCUCAGACUUCUGGAAUUAGCUGGUUUUUGCUCGAUUGGUGCUAACAGUUUGGCGUCAAUGUAGCUCCAAUAAGAGUCAUUUUAGGCACCGACGUAAGAAACUUAUGUCUUAAUAUCUUCUGAUGACAGAUGUGUUUGUGUUAGGACAACAAUUCUCAAGAUGUGAUUUGAUCUUUGUGAAAUAAAUGACGAUGAACUGGUUUCGUUUGAAGAGCUGAGCGGUAAAUUGUUUAUGCAAAUGUGAAGUUGUUUUUUUUUUUUUCCUUCAGUAUCAGUUUACAGGAUGGAGGUCUGGUAUGCGGUCAGCUGAGGAAAGCCCCUCACGGCACAGUGACUGAAAAAUUUGCUUCGCCUGCCGCUUUAAUCAGACUCCUGGCAGAUGCGUUUGACCUUCUCCCCCAAAAAAACCGAGGUUAUGGAAGUGUCAUUUCCAGUUGAGGUCAGGCUGGGUGAGAUGUGUUUUCCCUUUCUGUGCUCUGUGUGACGCGACACAUGCUCAUUCUGCAGUUUCCCCAUGUUCCUCCCUCUGUCUGCAGCUUCGUGUUUCCUGUCUGUCCAUCCUAUACUUGAAGCAUCUCUGGGGUUGACUGAAUUACGUUUGUAUAUCUGAGAUGGGUAACCAAAUUAACGAGAGAUGGCGGUUCAAGACAGACUCUUAUUUAUACAACUUAAAGAAUCCAAAUCAUGAUACUGAUUAAUACUGAUCAAAUUCUUUCUGAACGAGGUGGUGGUCCACCACGCUGCAUGAGGAGACUGUAAAAUCAUUCAGACUGUGUGAGACUGGUUUGUGACGCGCCUCUCGGUUCGACAACAGGCUGGGCUGCUCAGUGUUUGUUUCCUUGUAUUUCCUGGAGCACCUUAUACAGACGUGGGAGCAGAGAGAAAAGCCGUCUCUGGUUUGAGAUGAAAUUCAGGAUUGUAAAGAAUGCGUUGUAUUUAAAACAUCUAUUAAUGAAAUUUACCCCAGAGCUCCCAAAGAUGUGACUUAUUGAUGAGUUGUUGUUUCCUGGAUUGUGAUAUUUGUAAUAAAUGUAUGUUCAUGUGA